AUGUCAGAAUUUAAUAAUUUUUUAUUAAAUUCAACACAUAUAGCGGAUAUGGCAAUUUCAAAUGUCACUGACAGUAGUGGUAGGUUUUCAUACUAUGGUACUUUAGUACCAAGUUUAGGUUACAAUGCUGCAAUGAUUGCUAUUUGGGGUGUAUUAUUAAUUAUUCAUGGUUUUCAAUUACUUGCCUAUCGUCAAUAUUGGUUUUCAUACUCUUUUAUAGCUGCAAUUAUUAUUGAAAUCGUAGGUUAUGGUGGGAGAGUAGGCUCUCAUUACGAUGUUUAUUCAUUAGGUCCUUAUAUAGUCCAAUCAAUUGCUUUAGUUAUUGCCCCGGUGGCUACAAUGGCUGGUUUAUAUUAUCAAUUGGCUAAAUUAAUUGAAAUAUACGGACUGAGAUUUUGCCGUUUGCCUUCACCAACAUAUUAUUCUAAAAUUUUUAUUACAUUUGAUGUUGCUUCAUUUUUCAUACAAUCGGCUGGUGGUGGUUUAGCCGGUGCUUUAGCUUCAUCAGGUAGUGAUUCUGACGCUGGUACUACAUUGUUCAUUAUUGGUUUGGCUAUUCAAAUUGCUACAAUGACAGCAUUUGCUUUAUUAUGGGCUGAUUUCAUGUAUAGAAUUUACGUGAAAUCUCGUAAAGAAUAUAUGAAUACAGAAAAUAGAAAUAUUGGUUUCUGGCAAAUAUCUCAAACCAUGAUAGACUAUCAAUUCAGACCAAAAUAUAGCAAAAUUAGAGUAUCCCCAGAAAGAUUUUCCUUCAAAUAUUUCCCUUUAGCAUUUAUGUUAUCAGUCAUUUGUGUCUUUGUUCGUUGCAUCUAUCGUUUAGUUGAAUUUUCAAGCGGCUUUUUAGGUAAUAUUUCAGUACACGAAUGGUAUUUCAUUGCUCUAGAUGGUAUCAUGAUGUUAAUUGCAACUGUGUCAUUAACGAUUUUCCAUCCCGGCCUUGCAUUCCAAGGUAAGAGUUAUGAUAUUCGCAUCACAAAAGGUAAAGUAGAAUCAGAAAGUGUUAAUAAUGAAGAUGAAGAAUUAAUGGAUCAUGUUACGGAAGAAUACGAUUACGAAAUGACACCAGGCAAAGCUACAUGA